UACGCAUGCGCGUGGGUACGUUGCGCCGCUUCUGGGCUGAUCAAGACCGGAAGCGGAAACGGGCUCUCUUUCUCUCUCUGGCUCGCGGGCGAUCACCAUGGUCUACAAGCGAUACGUACAGAUCGGCCGCGUGGUCUACAUCGCCUUCGGGCCGCACGCCGGCAAGCUGGUGGCCAUCGUCGAUGUCAUCGACCAGAACCGGGCAUUAGUGGAUGGUCCAUGCACUGGUGUAAGGAGACAGGCUAUGCCAUUUAAAUGCAUGCAGCUCACCGACUUCAAGAUUCAAAUACCACAUAGUGUCCGCAACAAAUUUGUGAAGGCUGCUUGGGAAAAAGAGAAGGUCAAUGAGAAAUGGGAAGCAUCUCGCUGGGCAAAAAAAAUUGACGCACGUGCAAAGAGAGCCAAAAUGUCUGACUUUGACCGCCACAAGGUCAUGAAGGCCAAGAAAAUGAGAAACAGAAUCAUCAAGCUAGAAUUGUCCAAACUGAAGAAAGCUGCCGGCAAAAAGGCAUAAAUGUCUACACUUUGAACGUAAGAAUAAAGAACUUGUGUUUAAA